UCUGAACAACACUUGUCUUCUCCAAAAGUCCACCGCUUUAAAUUCAACUAACCACUCAACACUUUUAACUUACCCCAUUUCCCAAAUGUGAAGUCUUUCACUUUCUCUCUUACUAAAACCCUACCCACCCAUUUUCCACAAUGCCCAACCCCAAACCGAAAUCAUUCUAGGUUUUGCUAAACAGUGAGAAUAAGUGAUGGGUGUUAAGCUUCUGAUGCAUUUACAGUUCCCUUUGCUUCUAUUUUCUUGUUUUCUGCUUCAGCUCUCUGCUUCCACUUCUGUCUCCAAUAAGACAGUUGAUGCACAAGUAGCCCCUUCUUCUGAGAAUCAAAGUCAUGAUGAUGCAGGAAGAUGUGAUCCUGGUUGGUUUAGCAGCCCAAAUGGGAAAAAGUGUUUCAAAUAUAAUGCAACCUCUUUGCAAUGGGAUGAAUCAGAGAUUUACUGCAACAGUUUUGGAGGAAACCUUGCUGCCAUAACAUCUUCAGAAGAACUGAACUUUGUCCAAAAGCUCUGUGGCAAUGAUAGUAACAGAUGCUGGGUUGGUGGAAAGAGCAUUAAUACUACUGCUGGUUUGGGUUGGAAAUGGUCUGACAAUGAAGCUAGUUGGAAUGAGAGUCUUGAUCUUAAGUCAACUUUUAACUCAAGUUGCAAAAAUUUCUCAUGCUAUGGCUUUAAGUCAGCGGAUUUGUGUACAUCGAUAACCAAUGGCACUACACCCCUUAUAGCUGAGAGAUGCAAUACAACUCAUGCCUCUAUAUGCAUGCUUGAUGCCGGGAGCAAGUGUCGCCAUAUGCGCUGCCACAGGGAAUAUCUCAUUAUCCUUGCAGUUGUGAGUGGGUUGAUUCUUUGCACUACUUUGGCUGUUGUGAUAUGGCUUCUUGUUUAUAGGCGAAGUAAAAGACGGAGAAGAUCUCGUGCAUCAUUAGCAUUAGUUCCACCAUCUUGGAAAAUCUUCAAUCGUGACGAAGUAAAGUCCAUGACAAAGAAUUUCAGUGAAGUAAAUCGUCUCCUUGGGGAUGCCAAAACAGGUGGUACCUAUAGUGGGCUUUUACCUGACGGUUCAAGGGUGGCUGUGAAAAGAUUGAAGAGGUCUGGCUUUCAGAGGAAGAAGGAGUUCUACUCUGAGAUUGGAAGGGUUGCAAGACUUCAUCAUCCAAAUCUGGUCUCCAUCAAAGGAUGUUGUUAUCAUCAUGGUGACCGCUAUAUCCUGUACGAGUUUAUUAUCAAUGGACCCCUGGAUAGGUGGCUACACCAUAUUCCUAGAGGAGGUAGGAGUUUGGACUGGAGCAUGAGAAUGAAAGUCGCCACCACCCUUGCUCAAGGAAUUGCGUUUCUUCAUGACAAAGUGAAGCCACAAGUUGUGCAUAGGGAUAUUCGUGCAAGCAAUGUACUUCUUGACGAAGAUUUUGGCGCCCAUCUAAUGGGAGUUGGUCUGUCUAAGUUUGUACCAUGGGAAGUAAUGCAUGAGAGGAGAGUCAUGGCAGGUGGUACUCAUGGGUAUCUUGCUCCGGAGUUUGUUUACAGAAAUGAGCUUACUACAAAAAGUGACGUUUAUAGCUUUGGAGUUCUCCUGCUUGAAAUUAUGAGCGGACGAAGACCAGCACAAGCAGUUGAUUCUGUUGGUUGGCAGAGUAUAUUUGAAUGGGCCACGCCUCUGGUGCAGGCCCAUCGCUAUGUAGAGCUCUUGGAUCCUCUCAUAUCAUCUUCUUCUUCUUCUCGUAUUCCUGAAGUUGGAGUUAUCCAAAAGGUUGUUGACCUUGUUUAUUCUUGUACACAACAUGUGCCAUCAAUGCGUCCGAGGAUGUCCCACGUUGUCCACCAGCUGCAACAAUUAGCUCAACCUCCUAGUGUAAAGUAAGUAGAGAAGAAUUACAGAUCUGCAGUUCUUCUAACAGAAACUAGUUACACUAUGUUUCUAACCUAUUUGCAAGGGCCACAACUGUUUUAGGAUUUUAUUAUCACCUUGCUGAUGGACAUGCAAUGCCUUGAAACAGUCCAUAAUGGUUAAAAUGUAGCUACAGUUACUAAUCUGUACGUGUAAGGCCAGUUGAUUUUCACUUGAUAUCACCAAAGCCGGUAUGCAUUCA